AUGAAGCCCAAAUCAAAAGCUUCUGAUUUUCCAGGAACUCCCCUUAAACACAGAGCGAAAAUAAUACUGAAACGUCUAAAAGAAGAGUCUGAUCUGUACUGUCAAGAAACAACAUUGCAUGGACUGCAUUACAUAACCUCAAGGAAGUCCACGAGACUUCAAUCGAUUAUUUGGUUGGCCCUUUGCACCGUUGGUAUGGCUUUUUGCGUUUACUUCAUAAACGAACAGUUGAUGAGAUACAAUAACAAUAGAGUGACCACUAAUGUUGGAACCACGGCCUACUCAAUUUAUGACGUCCCAUUUCCUUCAGUUACUAUAUGCAAUAUUAACGUGGUUUAUGCCAAUAAUACCGAUAAAAUUGAGAAGAUAAUUGAGGGGCAAAUACCCAAGGCUGACAUUGCAGAUUUUUUCUUUAACUUGUCUACUUUGGUUCUAAACGAUAAUCUUUACGGUAGCGUUGGUUAUAAAUCAUACGAAAAAAUCACUAAUUUACUUGAAGAAGCUGGAUAUUCUACAGAUAAAAUAAUGAAAAUAUUAGCACAACCAUGCGAUUCUCUACUCCUCGAAUGCAAAUGGAAUGACACCGUAAGAGACUGCAGCACAAUAUUUCGCACGAUAAAAACCACAUACGGUUUUUGUUGUUCCUUUAACUAUAAAGGUGUGGCGGAUGACGAUCCAAGUUCUAUGACUAAUAUCUAUGUGACGGGUGUUGGGUCUACCUAUGGUCUGGAGGUUACUUUGAAUGUCGCUGAGGAUCAGUAUGUUUCAGCCUUGAAGCCUUACUAUGGCAUACAGGUUGCAAUCCAUGAAGCAUAUCAGUACCCUGAUCUGGUAAUGGCCAGCUCAACCAUAUUUCCAGGUUUUAAACAAUCAUACGGCCUCAGUCCAAAGAUAGUAUCAAGUAAUGAUGAGUUAAGAGUUAUUAAUUCCGAGAACAGGGGUUGUCUGUUUUAUAACGAAAGGGAAAUGCAUUGGUCAGGUCGUUAUAGUUUUUCCAGCUGCAUCAACGAAUGUAGGCUCAGGGCUAUAAUGACUAUUUGUGAGUGUGUUCCUUACUAUUACCCUUUGGAGAAUGUGACAAGAUUUUGCACAAUUCUCGACUCAAAAUGUUUAAAAUCCAGUGCGGGAUAUUAUUCGGAGUUUGAUGAACAAACACCAGAAAGAAUGACAAAAAGUAUGAGGAAAUGUAAAUGCCUUCCUCAAUGCAACGAAAUAUCUUAUUCGUAUCAUACGGAAAGUCACCCUUCUAGCGAACAAAUGUAA